AUGGCGGCAAAUCUCAGAAAUAUAGACAGAUAUCUUACCGACGAGUUCGUCGCCGCCGUUAAGGAGACAGUCGACAAUGAUGGAAGCCAGAGCUACGCCAAGAUUGCGGCUGACAUGGGCUGUCACAAGUCGACGAUCCUCCGAACGAUCAAGAAGGACAAUGAUUACUCCUUCCACCGCAAGUCUCACCGUAUGUUCAUCACAAAUGUGUCCAAGGAGACGGCGGCUCUGAUGAACGAUGUCAAGCACGACCAGACGAGCAACAGGCAGAACGUCAGGUGUAUCUGCAAAGACAUCGAGAAGGUUCCCAUCGUGAAGCAUACGAAAUUCCCCUCCUCCGUCACAGUCCUUGGUGUCAUCUCUAGCGAGGGGUGCGCCAUGUCUCCGUUCUUCUUUCAAAAGAGCCCGAGUGUCACCGCUGAGAUCUACCAGGAGGUGCUGUGGAGCGUAGUGAAGCCCUGGAUGGACGAGAUCGCCGCCGGACGACUCUACGUCUUCCAGCAAGACCCAGGCGUGGCUGCUCAACAAUGUUCCUCACCACUGGUCGCCGGACUUGUGGCCGCCCUCUUUACCUUAAACACCCCUGACUAUUUCUUCUUGAGCGGGAUCAUUCGCCGUUAUGGACAAGGUUAUGGUCGCCAAAGAGUGUGA